AUGGGGCUACCUGUUACGAUUAAAGUGAAUUUCAGGGGGAAUGUAAAGAGAUUUGUGGCUCCAGAUUUGGACAAAUCGGAAUUGGAGUCGGUGGAAGCCUGGGUAAGUAGCUAACGUUAGCUAUCUAACGCUGGCGCAGUUUAGCUAGACAAGUUAGCUGCAUUCUUCGAGACUAGUAGGCCUAGCCAUGGCCUAGUUACCACAAACGUUGGACCACAAUAAGGACAUUUGUCUGCAAAUUAUCUUUAUAGCAACAAAUUAUAGUAUUAUUAUAUGUGAUGUGAUCCAGUUAUGCUGAUCCUGAAUCAUCAUGCUAUGCUCUUUGAAUUAUUUCUGCAGAUAAAAGCAUCAUUUGGCAUAAGCCAUUUCCAAGUGAAAUAUUUUGAUGAGGACAAUGAGGAGGUGAGUUCAAAAGUAUUGUGUUCUAUUGUGUAUUAUUUCUAAUGCAGGACAAAGUCCUCACUUUGCUCGAUCAUUCACAUGGUUCCAACAUUUCUGAUGUACAACAACAAUGGUAUGGGACGAGGGAUACAUUAGCUGAUUCCAAAUUAUGUUUUUUCAGAAGGCAUUCUGUAACACUAAUCACGAUCUCUUUGUUUCAGGUUUCCAUUAACAGUCAAGGUAUGGAAAUUAAGUGAUAUCUUAAUCUAGGGGCAACAUUAUUCUCAGCUAAAUCACAAUGAUAUGCCAUUACAUUUCUCCAUCUUUAAUGUGGUGGUUAUUAGUUAAAGCUUUCCCGAUCAUAAUUGAGAGGUCACACCAACACAAAUGUGUUCUCUGAUCUUAUUUGUUCAUCUAUAUUUUUCAGAGGAAUAUGAGGAGGCGGUGAAGGUAUUCAAACUUACAUGUUUUUUCAUAUAUUUCAAAGGCUAAAAAAACAUUAUAUGAACUAGUUCUUCCAGUCUGUAAAAUGCUGUUUGGAAUUACUGAACGUGCCAUUGGUAUGUGCUAUUUCGCCAGAGUGCAGAGAAGCAGGGGAACCAGUUGCACAUGAACGUUUACAAGACAAAGCAGGUUCAGGCUGGCACUGGGCUGGUCAAGGCCCAAGAUGUGAAGGAGUUGAAGGGUGACCUCCGGCCAGCCCCUCCAUACCCCUCCAGGGUCAAGACAGUGGACAAAGGCACACAGGUCACCCCUGAGCGAGAUGUUGUAAGAUCACCACACACAGCUUUCAAUGUUGAUGCAAUGUUGUCUGAAUGUAAGAAAAGUUAUAUACUUGUCAGGAUGGUAUAGUUUUGCAUGAGCGAUACAUUCGCUGACUUCAGGAAAGAUUGUGAAAAUGUAAUAAUAAAACACACACUAUUUGGUUUCAUAGUAUGACUUUGACAAAUCAUAAAUGAGUUUAGUGUCAAUCAUUUGAUUUUAUAGGUGGUUGUGAAGGACAACAAAUUGACUAAGCCAGAGGAUAAGCCUCCCCCAGCUUGGUUCAGGUCUUACAUGGAAAAAGUAAGUCCAUAUUGAAAUUAUAUAUAUUUCAGUAUAAUAAACCAAAAAAAUCUACUUAUUUAUUUAAGAACCCAUUUUAACGGGAUCCCUCUCUCCUUUCAGUUCAAGGAUGAGGUGGUAAAGGAAGUAGUGGAGAGGAUGUGUAAUGACUUCUCUGGCCAGUGCUGCACCCACAAGGCUCCUGACCCUGAUGGGCCCCUCGAGGCCCUUGGAGCUGUGGGUGGAGUCAAUGUCAAGGGGCCAAAGAUCAGCUCCUUCUCCACUGGGCCCCCCGCCUACACCUCAUUGGGCUACACUCCUGACUGCAGCAAAUGCAAGAGACCAGCCUCCGAUGGAGCGUAUCAGUGCAGGUAGACCCAUCACAACAAUAAUAGAUCGAUAUUAUUAUGUUAUUAAUGAGCUCAUGAGUUGAAAUAAAAGGAAAAUGUUUAUUUUGCUGAUUUCUCAUGAAAUAUGUCACUUUCAAUUAGUAAUAUAAAUAACGUUGUCCUUACCUCCUUUCUGGUGUCCUGUUUUUCUCCAGUGUGUGUCCAUCCUGCAUCUUAUGUGAGCUGUGUCGACACAGCCACGACCCCAGCCACAACCUGGUGAGAACCAAGACACCCCUCUCCAUCCCUGAGCAUGGGAUGUUAGGAGAAUUAAGGUUAGCCUGCUGAAUGUAGAAGCCUGCCUUUACUGUGUUACUGUGUUACUCUACUUAUCUUGCUUUCUUGUAAUGUCAGGAGAUGUUCAACUUUCACACCUCCCACUGUAUUUUUUAAACUUCUGUAUUUUGUUUGUACCCAGGUUCCCAAGGCGAGGAGACAGGACGGUGCGCAAGGCUGAGCGUCAGCGCCUCAAAGCUGAGAGGAGGCAGCUCAAGGCCGAGGUGAAGGAAAUCAAGAAGAAGCUGAGGCUGGAAAAGAGGGGCCUGCAAUGGAGCGGCCCUGCCAAUAACUUCGCCAGAUCCAUCAUGGCCGCCACCCAGGCUCCAGCCCUGGCCCCUGCUCCUGCUGCUACUCAGGCCCCAGAACCAUCCCCAGGUCCUGCCCCAGACCCCCAGGCCUCCAGUCCAGAGUAAGCGCCACCCUUGGAGGGCGUCAGAGUGCUGGCUGUCUCUAGGCCCAGCAUGGAGCAAAAAUCAAAUAUUUUCUCAAGAAAUAGGCCAUCUUUGUAAUAGUUGUAUUAGAGUUUAUCGCUGGUGGAUGAUGGAACUACCUCACGUGUGAAACUGCUGCUGCUGCUUCAUAGAUUUCUAAACAAAAAAUAGCUUUGAGUUGCAAAAAGGAUCCUGCUGCUUUUAUGAUUCAUAGAAAAAAAAGAGAGAUGGGUCUGAAGCCAGGGCUGUUUUCAACAAUGCUCUGUACACUUGAAACACUAGGGGUCCCGAGGUCUCCCACACCACCUUGGUGCCCACUAUGGCUGCCUUGUUUCUGGAUGAAAACCUGCCCGAUGGGACCCGCCUAGAGCCCGGCACCAAGUUCAUCAAGUACUGGAAGAUGAGGAACUCGGGCACCAUCAACUGGACCUCAGAGACCAAGGUACGCCCCCAAGAGGACCGAUUUCAGUCCCUAACCUGCAUACUAGAACGAUCUCAAUCCCUAACCCGAAUACUAGAACUAACUACACCUAAUUGUAACUAUUGAUUACAUAUAAUUAGUACUUACCCUGUCUGUUAAGUUCUCUGUUGAAGUGUUUGUGUCUGGGUCCUUGUGUUUGUGUCAAUGUAUUUGUGUCUUCUUUGCAUGUCUGUGUCUUUGUGUGUGUGUCUGUCCCUAGCUGAAGUUCAUGUGGGGUAACCUGGCCCUGGCGUCCGAAGAAAAGCGCGAGGUGGCCGUGCCCCUGCUGCAGCCGGGCCAGGUGGGCGUGGUCAGUGUGGCCUUCAUUGCCCCGGUGAUGGAGGGCCCCUACACCUCCCACUGGCGCCUGGCGCACUGCGGAGACCAGUUUGGCCCCCGCGUGUGGUGCAGCAUCGUGGUGGCCCCCAGCACCAGCCGAAACACCAACUGUCCUCAGAGCAAACGCCUGGCAAGUCAACCAGCUCUGUCCCAUUCACAUUUGUUUAGCCAAGAUACACACUAGUACAGGGCCAGAUCUACUAAGAACAUUUGACAUCAGGUACAAAGCAAUAAUAUUUAGCUAAUUCAGACCCUUAUACAGGUCUGGAUUUUCUAAGCAUCAGGUAAACGUUACAGGAAUAAAACAUCAAAAUCCAGCCUAUUUCCACCAUUAUAUCAUGUGAUGACGUUCUCCUCCACGGUGCUUCAGAAGGAGGAGCCCAGCCCCAGGCCUGUGGUUGUGGAGAAGGUAGAGGGGAGGUCCAGCUCCAGGGACAGUGGUCUGGCCAUGUCUGUAGACGACUGCCACAUAGACUACUACUUCCACUCUGUAGACCUGCUCACUGCACAGGUGAGGAAAGACUAAGGUCCGGGCAAGUCAAGGCAUGUUGGCUUUGCCACAAAGGUAGACUGUAGUAUGACAUCACCAUACACCACAGGGCAACUUCCUGCUUUAUUCAAUGACUGAACAAUAUUUGUAUUUUUUGUUUUUGUGUGUGUUUCUUUAGGAUCUGUUGUCCUUUGAAUUGCUGGAUAUGAACAUUGUACAAGAGUUGGAGAAAGUUCCAAACAACACUCCAGUCGGUAAGAAAUUAUAUGAUACCACCACAAUGCAUGGCAAGAUAUUUCUGUGGGGCUUUUUUCAGAUAUUCAGAGAAUUUCAAGACAUAAUGCUUGUGUGUUGAUGACUGAGAUGAGUUCGUUUUUGUUCCAUUGGUAGAUCUGACCCCCUGUAUGUCCCCUCUGCCCCACGACGGCCCUCUACUGGAGAACCCAGGCCCUGCUCUGAUCAACAACAACCCUGAGAUGAACAGAGUAAACAACCUGCUAGGUAAGACAGAGGGCAGAGGCCAAUGUCGUGGUCCUUCAAUUAACUAUUUUAUCCAGUAAAUAAAAGACAAGUCUAUAUCAAAUUGUGAGUUUUGUUGAUUAUGAUUGACAACUAUGGAUUUAAGAAUAUAGGCUAGACCUGAGGCUUUAUGUUAACUAAGGGGCGUGUCAGCUUGAGUAGAAUAAGAUGAGAAAAAAAGCUUUGAUCACAGUGAUGACCCCAUACCAGACACAGCCCUAAUCUUUGUAUUGUGUGUGUUGUGGUCAGGUGUGAAGAGGGAGAACUCGGACCCCCUUGGCCACGAGGAUGGGGACGAGGGGGACAUCAGCGGGUCCCAGUUUGUGUGUGAGACUGUGAUCCGCUCCCUCGCCCUGGAGGAGGCUCCCGACCACAAGCCCCCGCGCAGACAUCAACCUAGUUACUGCAAGCCCAAAGGUGAGGCGGCCAUCUUGUUUAGUUGAAUUUCCCAACAAAAUGGGAAAGCAUGACUGAAUGACCAUGAUAUGAGACUCAGUUGAAUGAUAAAGUAUGGCUCUUCUGUCCACACACUAGCUGUGGUCUUGGUCUUGUUAUCUGACUGUGCAAAUGGGGGGAAGUUAAAAAUGAAAGUAACACCAGUUUUUGUUUUGUGUUUGAAGCACUCCCAGCUGAAGCCCUGGGCCCUGUCUUUGACUAUGAGAGGAAAGUACUUGACACUGCAGUAAGAGUGGCAGGACCAGAUGUGCUGAUGAUGGGGGUUAUGAGAGGUCAAGGUUCACCUCCAGGCCUUCCCCAGAUCACACUGUCAGAGGAGGAGACCGUCACAGGUAAGAAACAACUCUCAAUGCAGUCAGUCUGCUUCUGUUUACACGCACUAACUAGUAGUAACUCUCAAGUCAAAAUGCGCCAAUUAAAUGUUCUCACCUUUUACACAUUGGCAAUUGUAAAUUAUAUCACCAGACAUAAUCAGAAUUUGUUUUGGGGUUAAUGUAUAUCUUUUUUUUUCUCAUUGCAUUGUCCUCAGAGGUUGAAAACGUGUACAUGGAACUGCAUGCAUUGAAGGAGGAGGACAAGGAAGACAACAAAGCAGGAAAUGAUGUGAACGAAAAGAAAGAGGAGGAUGAAAAUAAUGACAGCUACGAUGAGAUUGAAGAGGAGGAGGAGGAAGAUGAGACAGUAGACUGGGACGAGGUGAGCAGCCAGAUCUCCACCUUGUCCUCGUCCUCGUCCUCCUGCGAAGACUACGUCAUCGUCCUGCCCGACUGCUUCGACACCAGUCGGCCGCUGGGCGAGUCCAUGUACAGCUCCGCCCUCUCGGAGCCUGUCACUACUGCAGCCGCGGAGCAGGAGGAGGAGUCGGACUCGGAGCGUGAGGAACAGGACAGAGCCACCCCAGAGGGGGAGAGGCAAGAAGGGGCCGGGGCUGCAGCCACAGUCACGGAGGCCCCAAUCCACAGCAGUGUCAAUCAGAUGCUGUGUGCCUCCCAGACACUGGACGCCGUGCCCCUCACCCCCGUGGUGGUGCCCCCGCCCGUCCCUCUCCUGCCCCCACAGGCCCUGUACACACACAGGUGAGAGGGCUCUCUGAUGCAACAGUAGUCUAUUAGCAAUGAUAUUACAGGGCCCAACACACAGAGGUGAACAGGGGACAAUGAAAUUACGAUAGAUGAUAGGUUACAGUUCUAUCACGUUUGCAAUGUGUUUUAUUUUGAAGUGAAGUGUGCAAAUUGUUCAGUAUCUAAUCUAGUAUGUCUAUUGGAAUUAUACUGUUGUCAACUCUUCCUUCUCUUCGAUUAGUAUGAUGUUUUUGUUCUGUUUCCCAGGUCUGAAGCGGUCCAUGUUGCAGAGCCAACGAGUCAACAAGUGUCUGGACCAGUAGAACCAUGCCAACCAGCGGUCCAUUUAAAUGGUGAGUGUUAGACAAGGCAGGCUGGGAAGUGUCUGCAAAAUACAGCCUUUUCCCUGCAUUAAGCAGACGCAACAUGUUUUGGAAGCUCUGAUCACACAAAGGACAAAUUUGACUUGCAUGACUCUUGUUAGCUUUUAAGCUAGUCUUGUGGACCACUUUACCGUCUGUGGCCACUGGCCAGAAAGGAAACGUGUGUGUCUCUUUGGAGAGAGGGGAACUAGAUGUUAUUUCAAGACUUCUUACAUCAGCAAAACAUCUGUCUGUGUUCUGUGUAGUUCUCUCAUCCAGUGAGUGUUCUCUCUUUUUUUCCCCAUCUAUAUUUCAGUAUCUAGUCACACCAGACUGGUAGGCUCAGCCAGUGUCUUGGAGAUGCACAACUCCAGACCCCGCAGCUCCCUGCACCGAAGGUGAAACACCUUCCUACACAAUAUUAAGCCUAGUUUAGUUUUAGAAGUAAUCUACACGUCUAUUGCUGUAAAAAAAAAUAUAUCCUCAUUUGUGCUAGAUGGGACACUUGCUUUUCUACCAAUAAAUUAGUAUUUGAAAGCAAAGUUUUAAAAUCUACUGGUCAUUCAUUGGUAAUAGGCCCUACAGUAUGAUAAAACUGUAAAUGACAAAAUUGCUAUAAAUAGAAGAUAUUUGAAUACCUUUUUGGAGUGAUCUCAUUGAUGAUAUAACACUGUGAUAUAACAACUCCUGUUGAUACACGGUCUUGUGAAUGCAAACCUCUGGCCCUGGAACAGAUUGUUCCCCAUAAGUAUAGUGGCUGAGCACAUCCUUCCUGUUCAAUAGGGGCCAAGGCGGUAUCACAGAGGGACUUGUCAAGGGGGCUCUGUCAGUGGCAGCGUCCGCCUACAAGGCUCUCUUCACUGGACAGAGCUGCUCCACACAGGUAGGUCCCACAUACAGCACAAUCAACCACCUCGUCACACACUGCCAUGAGAUAAACUUGACUCAACUUUGAAUAUGCUGUAUGAUAAAUGGUUAUAAUAUCAUGAAGUGAUUAUUACAUACAAUUGUGAUAAGUUAUUUAUCCAUUUUGAAGCGUCUUUACAUUUGGCUCAAAAGACAAAAGUGAUGCAUGUCUUCUUGACUUACAGCAUUACUGUAUAACUCCUGUGCACUUUAACAUGACAAACCAGAACUAACCUUUGACCUGGCUCCCCCAUUCCCUUCACCCCUGCAGCGUGGUGUGGACCCGGCCAGCCAGGACGCCUCCAUGAUGGCUGUACUACUGGAGAUGGGCUUUGGGGACCAGCGGCUCAAUCAGCGGCUGCUGAGGAAGCACAAACACAACCUGCUGCACACUGUCAACGAGCUGGUUGCCAAGGCCGACAACGAAUGGGGCACCGCCACACGCUACUGA